CUAUUAUCGACGUUCAGCAGAUACUUCUUGACUAGUCGCGUUUCGUCUCGCCAGACUGAAGCCAAACUGAAGAUCGCUAAUGGAGAACAAACUGACACACUGACUUAAACUGGUUAGAUUAUUUCCUGCACAUAUAACACAGUGGUUUUGUCUCAAGAUGGCAAGUCACGACGGAUGCCACUAUGACGAGCGUAUGGGCUUCUUCUACAACAACAGCAACAUAACCUCAACCGAGUGGGACCAAACGCAGCUCAUCCUGGUUCAAUGUGUUGGAUCCAUUUGCUGUGGUUUCAUCUUAGUGGCUAAUGCUCUGGUCAUCACAGCGGUGAUCACCAACCGGAGGUUUCACUACCCCUUCUAUUAUCUCCUAUCCAACCUCGCAGCCUCAGAUUUUCUCGCCGGCAUCGCUUACGUGUAUCUCAUGUUUAACACAGGAAAAGUAUCUCACGAACUGUCAGUACAGGUGUACUUCUUUCGGCAGGGUCUGCUCGACAUAAGCCUCUCGGCGUCCCUGGCCAACCUUCUGGUGAUCGCCCUGGAGCGCUACAUCUCUGUGAUGAACUGGAAGAUUCACAGUAAUCUCACCAAACGUAGGGUGACCCUCCUGAUCAUCCUUGUGUGGGCAAUCUCCAUAUUUAUGGGCACCGUGCCUAGGUUGGGCUGGAACUGUAUUUGUAGUCUGAAUUUGUGCUCUAAACUGGCGCCCCUCUUUAGCCGGAGCUAUCUGAUCUUCUGGUCUGUGUCCAACUUGGUGCUUUUUCUCAUCAUGGUGUGCAUUUAUUUGAGGAUAUACAUCUAUGUGAUGAGGAAGACCGUGGUUUUGAAGGCUCACACGUCUGGAUCUAUGAAUCGCAAGAGGACACCGAUCAAACUGAUUAAAACUGUGAUGACUGUACUGGGAGCAUUUGUGAUCUGUUGGACCCCUGGACUUGUGGUUCUUCUCCUGGAUGGACUCAACUGCAACGGAUGCGACGUCCUUAAGUUCAAGCGUUGGUUACUCCUCCUCGCCGUCCUCAACUCUGUCAUGAACCCGAUAAUCUACUCUUAUAAAGACGAGGAAAUGUGGACCACCAUCAAGAACCUGAUGUGUUGUGUGUGCAGUGGAACAAGACGUCAGAGGUCGUCCAAGGCCAACAUUAAACGCAACUCGGCCCAGGAGACAAGUACCAGCCUCAAGGAGAACACGAUGGAGGACAGCAAAGUGUCCACACAGGAGAUGCUGACAUCCUGAAUUUUUCAUAACAUGGUGCGGCAUUGCUCUUUAUUCACUCCAGUAUGGAUGAAGUAUUAGUUAGGCUGAUACUCAAAGACUUUGAUUACAAUAUACAAAAGGAAGUACUCGUUGUAUAUUUUAGAGAUAUUCCAACUGUUAGGCAAUGAAGAAUGAGUAAUGUGGGAUAUUCAGAUUGCCUGCAUGAAUGGCAAUGCAAAACAUGUCAAAGCAUGCUGUACUUGACAAGUAAUAUUUGUGUACCUGUUGAUUACUCUGUAGUAUACUGGUCUUCAAUAAUGUAUGUAGUAUGCAGAUCAUGUUAUAUGCUGUAAAUAUUACCUUAAAGAUUUUUUUGUAACAUACUGUCAAAAGCAAACUUGUGGGAAAAUUUGCCACAAGUGAGUACACUCAAAAUGUUCACGCAUUUCUAUUUUUUUGUAAGAUAAAGUACAAAAGUAAGUUAGUUCAUUUGAAUUUUAAACAUGUCUGCUCUUUUCAUGUAAAUAGAGGUAGUUGCCUCAAAUGUACAACAAUCGCACAGUAUUCUGUAUACAUUUAGAUUAUGUACACUGCCAGAUUUGUUGUCUUUGAGAAACCAUAGAAAAGAUCAUGGAGCAUAUUUUGAUGAAUGCCAAAACUUCUAUAAGUUCUUUAAGUGUAACGCAUUUAUCAGACCAAACAAUAUAUGCUUUGAACACUUAAUCACUACUAAAAAUGUCUGCAUUUUAAAUUAUUUAACACUUGCAAAUAAUUGGUAGUAGAGAUACACUGUAAAUAGAACAGAAAAAUGUCCAGGAAAGAUUUAUAAAUGUGUUUAACACAGUAAUUUGAGCCUAAAUGAGUUUGUAAAUAAAACUGUCUGUAUAUAUUAUUUUGCAUUAUCCUCGACCAAAAAUAAAAGAUACCAGAAAACUAAAAA